CAAGAUCCUUCACUCACUAUUGGUCAACCAUUGAACUACCCUGAGAACGAGAGCAACAGUGCAUUAGUGAGCCGCCAUAUUUGAAUUUAAACGUCUUUGUGUCCGCAGUUUAGUCGAUGUUUUCUUACGUUUUAGAGUACCAGGGAAAGCAAUAAGUAUUUAUUACAGACUCGCUGAAACUCUUUUGUACAGGUAUAGAGGCCAGGUAUCUAGCUGCCAGGAUGCCUCCACGCUCCCGAUCGUCAGCAGACAGCAGCGAUGCCUUCAAAGUGGCCAUACGUGUGCGGCCACUCAUUGCAAGGGAAAGGAAGACUGGAGCGCAGAUGUUUUGGUCUUGUGACACAAAGCAAAUCUUCCAGCUUGGGGCAGAUGGUAAACAGCUUGGGCUUGGACACUUCUUUGAUCGCGUUUUUGACCACGAAGAAACAACACAGGACGUGUAUGAUGAGAUAGCCCAGCCAAUCAUAGAAAGUGUCAUGGAAGGAUACAACGGCACAAUCUUUGCCUAUGGCCAGACCAGCUCAGGUAAAACUUACACCAUGAUGGGCGAUGGCAAAACUGAAGGAAUCAUCCCAUAUGCCAUUGAUGACAUGUUCCAUUACAUUGACCAGCAUCCUGACCGAGAGUAUCUGUUCCGUGUGAGUUUUAUAUUAUAGAGAGCCGAGAACAAGGAGCCAAGGAUGAUGCGGUGAACGUGUCUCAGUUGAACUUGGUGGACCUUGCUGGUUCGGAGCGAGCCAGUCAGACUGGAGCUGAGGGACAAAGACUGAAAGAAAGUGGUGCCAUCAACCAAUCCCUGCUAACACUUAGCAACGUGAUCCGUAAACUCAGUGAGUGUCCACCAGAAGGGGCUUACAUUGCCUACCGAGACUCCAAGCUGACCAGAAUCUUACAGAUGAGUCUAGGAGGAAACUCUAAAACAGCUGUCAUAUGUGCUGUGACACCAGCGGAAGAAGAACAAACUAAGAGCACGCUCCAAUUUGCAACAACAUCAAAGUCGAUCAAAAACAAGCCUGUAGUUAACGAGGUUCUGUCAGAGAUGGCCAUGCUGAACAGAGCCAAGAAGGAAAUUGCAAACUUGCAAAAGAAGAUCAAAGAGAUGAAUAGCCAGACUGGCUUUCUGACCUUAGAGCAAGAUAAUGAGGAGCUUCGGCAGAAACUACAGGAAAAGGAGCUGCUACAACAGGAGCAGGAGAAGAAGCUGAAAAACAUGGAGGUUUUCAUGUGUCGAUCCAGCAUAGAUACUAAAGCACUCACCGAAAAGGCAAAGAAAAACCCCAGAAGAGCCACCUGGUGUCCAAGAGUGGGACAACAGAAUCGCCUGUCCUUUGACCCCUCUUCUUUCAAACCGCCAAGCCAAGACGUUAACCUGUCCCUGUGCGAUGUUCCGGAGUUCUCCAUACCCCGCAAGAGGAGGAAACAUUUCUCUGGAGAACCUAUCUUUGGUG